UCCUAUAGUCAGCUGAGUGUUAAAUGUCCCGGUUACGUAACAAGAACGAGUGAAGUUAUGAGAGGACCGCGAUAACGCUUUGUUCCUGUCAUUCUCAGCAAGGGAAUUAUAUAAGGAUAUAUAUAUAAAGAGAGAGAGACUAACAAGACUAUCGUUUAUUAUUUUGGUAAUGUUCCUAAGCAAUAAUUGGACCUCUGACAUCCAGAAUGCAAGACGAGAAUGAAUUAGAGCCAAACUCUGGAAAUUGGUCCUGGUGGCCGUCCUGGCGUCCAACAUCCAUGUCUUUGCUAAAGAGUGCAGAAGCUAAAAUUCUUGCCUGUGUUAAAAAUGAAGUGUGGUCCCGAUUUAUCACGUUGCCGAAUCAAAACAAAAUUUGGACCCUGAUGGUGAGCAACAAGACAUCACGCCAACGUUCAGACCAAGCUUCUCGGAUUCCUCUUGUGAUGGUCCAUGGCUUUGGAGGGGGAGUCGGGCUCUGGGUCCGAAAUCUGGACGCACUAAGCCACUCACGUCCUGUGUAUGCCUUCGAUCUGCUUGGUUUCGGGCGCAGCUCUCGUCCUGCUUUCUCCGACGACGCCACGUUAGCCGAAGAGCAGUUCGUCGACUCCAUUGAACAGUGGAGACAGAGCCUGGGACUGGAGCGCAUGAUCCUAUUGGGCCACAGCCUUGGAGGUUACCUAGCAACGUCAUAUUCUAUCCAGUAUCCUGAGAGAGUCGACCACCUCAUUCUAGUGGAUCCCUGGGGCUUCCCAGAGAAACCACAGCAUCAGCAAGAAGAUUCAUCAAGUCAGGUUUCGGAGGUCAAGAGACCGGUACCGCCCCGCUGGGUGAAAGCAGUCGCAUCCGUCCUAAGUUACUUCAACCCUCUGGCUGUCAUCAGAGUAGCAGGACCAUUGGGUCCAGAGCUGGUAAAUAGAUUCCGACCUGAUUUCAAGCGCAAGUUUGAGGAUCUUUUUGAUGAUAACACUAUUACGGAGUAUCUCUAUCACUGUAACGCACAAACACCCAGUGGUGAGGUGGGAUUUAGAGCCAUGUCUGGGUCCCUUGGCUGGGCAAAGAAGCCAAUGAUACAUCGAGUGAACCUGCUGCCAUCCGCGAUGCCUGUCACCAUGGUGUACGGUGAACGUUCCUGGGUGGACAGUUCCACCGGCACCCAUGUUGCCCAAAUCAGAGGCCAGAGCCCCACGCAGGUGGUGAUGAUUGAUGAUGCCUCUCAUCACGUGUACUCAGACCAGCCCGAGGAGUUCAACCAAGUGGUAGAGGACAUCUGCAGUACUGUUCGCUGAAUGCUGUGCUGAAUGCUGUCACAAUGAAAUGAUGGACAAUGUGUGCGUGUGGAAGUGUUUCUUAAAUUUUGUAUCUGUCAGAAUGAGGUUUUUUAAUCUCAAGCUUUGAUUAGCUCCAUGUUUGGGAGGCCUUGAUUUGUACAACUCUGACUACUGAUUUGCAAAGCAUAAAAUCCCAGCUUCAAUGUGUUGUGUGCUUACGAUUACUUUUGAUAAUAAAAUACCUCAAGCUUAUUCCAGAUGAUAAUGUUGCUAACUAUGAAUAAUGAUGAUAGUGCCAUAUUUGUCUUCUUAUUUGUAACAUUAGAAGACAACUAAAUUACUAAAUCUAUAUAAGAAACAUUUUACCAAAUGUUUGGUUAUGUUUGUAUUUAUUUAGAGACAGUAUCUUAUAAAAAUAAUGUUUAAUAAUCCUUAAUUAUAUUUUAUUUUAUGUUAUAACAUGCAAUGGGAAAAAAUACAGUUUGUGGGUUUUACCAACCUA